AUGGGUCCCAGAAGGGCCAGCCUAUGGGCGCUUUUCCCAUGCUGCAACCCCAGGAAAAAGGCCAAGACAAGAAAUAAGUUGGCCUCAUCCCAAGUCCUGGAAGCAGAGUGCCCGGAGGCGAGAGCAGCCAGGGGAUGGGCCCCUCGGGUUGGCCCUCACCUGGCGAAGCGUUGGGGUUGUUUCACUUUGUUCGCAUGCUCGGCAUGCAGGGAGCAGCUUCUUACAAGAGAAGCAGAAAUUGCAGAGCUAAAAGCCGAAAGGAACAACACCAGGCUGCUGCUGGAACACCUGGAGCUCCUGGUUUCCCAGUAUAUGCCGUCCCUCCAGAUGAUGGCGGGCACGCAGCAGGCGCCGUCCCCAGCUGGAAUGACCAGAGAGGUGGAGGUGCUCAGGGCGCUGAGACUGCUCUUUGAGCACCACAAGGCCCUGGACGAGAAGGUGCAGAGCCAGAGGGAGCAGGCCCGGGAGUCUGUGGAGCAGGCCCAUGUGGUGGCCACCGUGGCCCAGGCCUUCGAGAGUGACGAGGAUGUGUCUGAUGGCGAGGGCGACGGGGUCACCCUCUUCAGCUCGGCCAGUCAGCUGCCCCCUAGUGGGCAGGUCGACACCAACACUCUGCCUGGGAUGCGUGAGGAGCAGCUGGACGCCGUCAACGAGGAGAUCUGGUGUGUGCGGCCGAACGCAGCUCCACAGAAACUGGGCUUCUCUGAGAAGCUGUCUUCUCCUACAAGAAGUCUGAGUGUUCCACAGUGA